CUACUGUCAAUAGGAAACUAACCUCAUAAGCAGUCUUAUAUUAAGACGUAAAUAAAUAACGAGUCUCUUCAAAAGUUAAGCACAGUAGUGAAUCGAAAGAAUGGCCGGUUCGUCGGCAAACGUAACGGUGUCGAGCAUCUUGAAGAACAAGAGCUCGUUCGACGAUGAGCCGCGGAAGAAGAGCAGAGAAGACUGGCGAAAGGCGAAGGAACUUGAAGAAGCGAGGAAGGCUGGUACAGCUCCCGCGGCCGUCGACGAGGAGGGUAAAGAUAUCAAUCCACACAUUCCGCAGUACAUCAGCGCGACACCAUGGUACUUCGGUUCUCAAGGCCCCACUUUGAAGCAUCAGAGGCCACAACCUGAGAAGCAGAAGCAAUACAAUUCGAUAGACGAUUGGUACAAUCGCGGGGUAGAUACCUCGCGAACGGCUAUCAAAUAUCGUAAGGGUGCUUGCGAGAAUUGUGGCGCGAUGACUCACAAGAGGAAGGACUGUAUGGAGAGACCGCGUAAGGUUGGCGCAAAGUAUACUAAUUUCAAGAUAGCGCCGGAUGAAUUUACCCAACCUGAGCUGUCUAUGGACUACGAUGGUAAGAGAGACAGGUGGGCCGGUUACGAUCCUUCCGAGCACAGAGCGAUUGUCGAAGAGUACCAAAAGAUAGAAGAAGCCAAGAGGCAGAUGCGUGCCGAGAAACUCAAUGCAGAGGAAGAAAACGACGAGCAAGACUCGGACAAGGACGAAGAUAAGUAUGUAGACGAAGUGGACAUGCCUGGUACAAAGGUCGAUUCCAAGCAGCGCAUUACUGUGAGGAAUCUCCGGAUUCGAGAGGACACGGCCAAGUAUCUGCGAAAUUUAGAUCCAAACUCCGCGUAUUAUGACCCAAAGACCAGAUCUAUGCGUGACAAUCCUUAUGCAGGUACAGAACGCGAAGUGGAUUUCAAAGGUGAAAACUCAGCUCGUUUCUCGGGAGACACGCAGCAGCAUGCUAAUGCACAAUUGUUUGCCUGGGAAGCGCAUGAAAAAGGAGUCGACGUACAUUUAUUGGCUGAGCCUACGAAAUUAGAAUUAUUGAAGCAGGAAUAUGAUAAGAAACGCGACGAGUUGAAGGACAAGGCACGUGAUGGUGUCAUCGAGCGUUAUGGAGGUGAAGAGCAUCUUCAAGCACCACCGAAGACUCUAUUAUUAGCACAGACUGAACACUAUGUUGAAUAUUCGAGGUAUGGUAAAAUAAUCAAAGGACAAGACAGACAAGUGAUAAGGUCCAAAUACGAAGAGGACGUUUAUCCAAAUAAUCACACAUCGAUCUGGGGUUCUUAUUGGCAAGAUGGAAAAUGGGCUUAUAAGUGCUGUCAUUCCUUUAUAAAAAAUUCGUAUUGCACCGGAGAAUCAGGGAAAAAAGCAGCGGAAGCAGUGAGCAACAGCAUGCCAGAUAAAAUAACAUCUAUGGAAGAAAUGGGAUUAGAUAAAUCAAAUACAAUGGAUGACAAUCAUUCUUUCAAUAGCGAAUCUUCGUCCGAGGAUGAUAUGAAAAACAGAACGGAAUUGCAGAGUAAAGCGGCUAAACGAAAAUUGAAAAAACAGAAACGAAAAGAAAAUCGUAAGAAUAAAAAACGGAAUAAUGCAGAAACUGAAGACAAACUGAAAGAAGCGCUGAGAAAGGAAGAGGAAAAUGCGGGGCAAGCAGACAGGAUGUUGAAAAUAGACGAGAGGAAACGUCCGUACAACAGCAUGUACGAGACAAAGGAAUUGACAGCUGAAGAGAUAGAAGCGUAUCAAAUGAAACGUAAACGCGACGAAGAUCCAAUGGCCCAUUUUCUUUAAAAAUAAUGUUUUAC